AUGGGAGGCGAUGAGGCAAGGGAGGGCGAAUCAAGCCGAGCGGCGGCUGAAGAGGGCUCGCGGUGUGUUGCUGAUGCAAGUCGGAGACUCGGAGGAGACGAGAGUUCGCGGCGGGUGAUCUGUCGGUGUCCUCGAUCGGCUCAGCAGCUUGGGAUUGGCUGCUACGAAGUCUGGCUUCGAGAAGGGAACAUCCUUAAUCGACGCGGCGGGACGCACCAGCUGGCCGAGCGCGGUUGGGUGCUGAGGAAUAUCGAAAUUCUGUACUCGGGGGUCGAUGUUCCGGCCAAGAAUGGGUCAAGCAUCGACAAAAUCGUUGAAGGUUGA